AUGUAUGGUCACACAGAUAUGCAUGGUCACACAGAUGUGUAUGGUCACACAGAUAUGUAUGUCCCCUUACACCACCACAGAUUGCGCGUCACGUCGCGCUAUCGGCAAGCAGGUAUGUAUGGUCACACAGAUAUGCAUGGUCACACAGAUGUGUAUGGUCACACAGAUAUGUAUGGUAUGUAUGGUCACACAGAUAUGCAUGGUCACACAGAUGUGUAUGGUCACACAGAUAUGUAUGCAGGUAUGUAUGGUCACACAGAUAUGCAUGGUCACACAGAUGUGUAUGGUCACACAGAUAUGUAUGGUAUGUAUGGUCACACAGAUAUGCAUGGUCACACAGAUGUGUAUGGUCACACAGAUAUGUAUGGUCACACAGAUAUACACUUCCUGGCCACAUGCCCGGGAAAAAUAAAGAGCUAA